CCGGUCAGAAGUCUGUGCGCGCGCGCGCGCGCUCACUCCCCCCCCCCAAUAUGGCGGCCGUCGCUCUCACCUCGUCCACCACUACCACCUCAACCACAACAACAACAACAACAACCACCUCAACAACCUCCUCAUCAUCGUCCACCUCGUCAACAUCGUCCACCACAUCGUCGUCGUCUACGGCGGCUGCGGCGGGAGCGACAGCGGCGGCUAUGGCGGGAGACGCCGUGACUCCUGCGGUGAUGGGGAGAGACGCUGAGGCUACGGAUGGUGGUGGUGGUGGUGGUGGAGGAGAGGUGGAGACGAGGGUGGACGUCGGAGGAGUCUAUCUGUGUCGGAGGGCUGACGGGGCCUGGCACUCAGCGGAGGUGAUCCAGAAGCGAGUGAAUGAGCAGGAGGAGAGGGACGAGUUUUAUGUCCACUACGUGGGAUUCAACCGUCGUCUGGACGAAUGGGUGGGCAAGGACCGCCUGGCGCUCACCCAGACGCUGAAGGAGGCUGCUCAGCAGAAGAGCGCCAGCGGUGGUGGUGGCGCUGGUGGUGGCACCGGCAGUGAGCGCCACCCGGGGGAGCGCUCGGAGCCGGCGGGCGAGCGCAAGAUCACCCGCAACCAGAAGCGCAAGCACGACGAGAUCAACCACGUGCAGAAGACCUACGCCGAGAUGGACCCCACGACAGCCGCCUUGGAGAAAGAGCAUGAAGCGAUCACCAAGGUAAAGUACGUGGACAAGAUCCAGGUGGGGCGCUACGAGAUCGACGCCUGGUACUUCUCGCCGUUCCCCGACGAGUACGGCAAGCAGCCGCGCCUGUGGGUGUGCGAGUUCUGCCUCAAGUACAUGAAGCUGGAGACCAGCUACCGCAUGCACCUGACUCAGUGCCAGUGGAGGCAGCCUCCCGGCAAGGAGAUCUACCGCAAGUUGAACAUCUCCGUGUACGAGGUGGACGGCAGGGACCACAAGAUCUACUGCCAGAACCUGUGUCUGCUGGCGAAGCUCUUCCUGGACCACAAGACGCUCUACUUUGACGUGGAGCCGUUCAUCUUCUACGUCCUCACCGAGGUCGACCGCCUCGGCGCUCACCUCGUCGGUUACUUCUCUAAGGAGAAGGAGUCCCCGGACGGCAACAAUGUGGCCUGCAUCCUCACGCUGCCUCCUCACCAGCGGCGCGGCUACGGCAAGUUCCUCAUCGCCUUCAGCUACGAGCUGUCCAAGCUGGAGCAGACGGUGGGCUCCCCGGAGAAGCCGCUGAGCGACCUGGGCAAACUGAGCUACCGCAGCUACUGGUCCUGGGUGCUGCUGGAGAUCCUACGGGACUUCCGCGGAACCCUCUCCAUACGCGACCUCAGCCAGAUGACGAGCAUCUCGCAGGGCGACAUCGUGUCGUCGCUGCAGGCCAUGAGCAUGGUGAAGUACUGGAAGGGUCAGCACGUGAUCUGCGUCACGCCCAAGCUGGUGGAGGAGCACCUCAAGAGCGCACAGUACAAGCGCCCGCCCGUCACAGUGGACUCGAUGUGUCUGCGAUGGGCGCCCCCCAAGCACAAGCAGCUCAAGAUGGCCAAGAGGUGAGGCCGGAGGCGGUGGACGCUGCUGACGGCCACCGCCGCCGCCGCCGCCACCACCGCCACCACAACAGCAGACCGAGAGACAGUGUGUAGGAGUGGUGGGUGUAGUGGUUAGCGCACUGUGUGUGCCACUGUGCACAUGGCCUGGCACAAGCGUCGUGGUGACGUCACCGCCACUUAGUGGCGAAUGGCGGUUGUUGUUGUGCCACUGUGUAUCUGUGUGUGUGUAGGGAGUGGUGGGUGUUGUGGUUAGCGCUACACUGUGCGCCGAAUCUGGCCACCCGAGUUCAAUUCCCGCUCAUGGCCAACACCACUCAGUGACGAUUCUCUGAACCGGUACUGGGCCUCCCCUAGGUCGACUCAGCCUCAAAUGAGCUACUUGGUGUAGUAGUGGUGGUGGUGUAAUGAACAUCGCUUGCACUGGGGGAGAGACAAAGGCGGCCGGGCGUGGUGGUGGUGUUGCGUGAUGGUGUUGCGUGUUGCAUACCAACAUUAAACAAAACUUUUCUAUUA